ACCCUGGUCUCCGAGGUCAAUAGUAUAAAACAAUUAAUCCUGCUAACGACUUAAAUGCUAAUUCCAGGGAGCAACAUGAAAAGGAUGCGCCGAGAUAUCAACCCAGCUUCACUGAAUGAUCAGAAUCGAGAUCACCUGAACAGCGUUAAUGAUACCGAUAACAACGUGAACGGUACCGAUAACAACAUGAACAGUACUGAUGACAAUGUGAACAGUACCGAUAACAACAUCAACAGUAUCGAUAACAACUUGAACAGUACCGAUAUCAACGUGAACGGUACCGAUGACAACGUGAACGGUACCGAUAACAUAACAUCAAGUGUUCCCCUACAAUCUUCUGCACCAACGAUGCUAACUUUGUGGACUAACAAAGAUGUAAACAUCACCUUGUACUGUCAAAGUUACUGGCUUUCCUGCAGAGGGCGGUGCACGCAAGAAAGAAAACUGGGAGGAACAGAACAACGGCUUCAGUGUUUCUGUGACAGAAGCUGUGAGUUUUUCAGAGACUGCUGCGCGGACUUUGACCAAUUUUGUUCCUCAUCCGGGAUAUCACCACAAGGUACGGCGAACCCGGAUGGCAGUGGUCUGUGGGAAUGUGUCUCUAGUUAUAACUCUUUCACCAAAGUCGCUGGUGUGUGGAUGAUUUCCUCGUGUCCUAGAAAUGUGACUCAAGUUGAUAUUAAGGAAAACUGCAGUAAAGAUUUACUUCCUUCGUUCGAUAAUUUUAAGGACAACGUGCCUGUUAUCGACCGAACAGGAAAAACGUAUAAAAAUCGUUACUGUGCUCAAUGUCAUGGUUUCAAUCUAACCGAGCUGAAGUUUUAUAAUUUUCAACUCGACUGCGAUGUUCCAGUGCCAAAAGAGUACAAAAGAAAAGAAAUAUUGAGCUUUCUUUCCACUUUCUGCGAUCGUCCUUUCUGGAAACCUCCGGAAGGAGCGACCCGCAGAUAUUGUCACAGUUUGGAGCCUAAUAAUUACUGCAGCGACAUUUCUCUUCCUUCAAAAGUGCAGCAAAAAUGUCUUAACGGAUCUCUGAGGCUUGUGUACCAAACUGCUGGUUUUGAACUGAAAACAUUUUUCAAUCCAUACUGUGCCCUUUGCAGUUUCGUGAAAAACUUUACCUGUGGACCAGGACCUUAUCCUUCCAGUACCGAUGGGAACCUCGCAAAACCCUUUUCUCUUGUUUUAAAUCUUGACUUUUCGAAAGAAGAGCACCGCGGGAGUGAAACGUCGGAAGUACGUGGACUUAAGGUUACUUGUCUUGAGCAAGGCUACGUUUAUGAUUUUUAUCUUGAAGCGUGCCGUCCUGGCAUCAAACCAUCUGAUGCAACUGCUGCCCGUCAAAAAAUGUUUAUUGUCAGUGUUUGGAUGCGUUCCGGGAUCCCGUCAUCUUGGCUUCCUCUGAUAACUGAGGUGAACUUUCAAGAAGCCAUAGCGAAUGAGUUAAACAUAAACAAAACAUUAAUUUCCAAUAUCUCUAUUGGAAAUCCGUUUGGUCCUGUGUCGACUGUGGUAUUCAACAUCAAUAUGAACCCCACGAUACAGAAGAACUUCUCUACUCAAUCUCUCCAAACGACCAUGAAUUCUCUUUCCAUUACUCUAAACUGUGCAAACUUUACUUUCUUUAAGGUCACUGUGAAACUUUUUCACUGUGCUAAAAUUGAAACUUUCAACGCAGAUGAAUACCACUUUCAAAGAAACGCAGUAAAAAUCAACAAUACAGGAGAAAUAUAUCAAGAGGUCGACUAUUACACGAACGAAACGGAAUGGAAAAACGGAUCACUAGUUCCUGUCGGUGUUCUUACAGUCUGCAAACAGCCGCGGUUAAAUUGUUCUGGGGUUUUAAUUCGAUUAACUGAAGACGAGUACGUUUUCUUAACAAAUGGCUCACUCUAUCGAAACGUUUCCCGAGAACUCUUGGAACAGGAAAGUUUUCUCUGGAUCAAUGAUACCAUUUGGGUAUGCACACAGUUUUCUUCUCAUAACAAAUCAUCAAUGAGCGUUGGUCCCCCAAGGAAAACAGAUAGUAACACUGUCUUGGUGGUCCUUACCUAUGGUGGACUUUCUCUGUCCAUUAUAAGCUUUGUUUUAGUCUUGUUGACUUAUUCAUUAUUUAAGGAACUUCGUACUGUACCCGGUAUUAAUCUCAUGAAUCUCUCUUUGUCACAAUUACUGGUAGAUUUGGUUUUUCUUGCAACAGGCUAUGUUGAGGCCAAAUUUGCAUGUAUAAUUAUCGCCAUUUUGUUGCACUACUUUUUCCUAGUUUCUUUCACGUGGAUGUCAGUCAUCUCCUUUGAAACUUGGAAGAUAUUUUCCAAAACCCGCAUCCAACACAGGAAACCAAGCAGGAAGAAAAAGCGUUGUAAGUUAUUGCAAAGGGCAAUGAUUGGCUGGCUUCCCGCUUUUGUAUUUGUUGUCACGUGUGUUGCUCUUGACCAGACCAACGCGGUUGCUUUUCACUAUGGCGGUAUUAAGGGGUGUUGGAUAAACAACUCAUCUGCAAAUUUGUUUUUCUUUGUUUUACCAGUUGCUUUUUCUAUUUCUUUCAACGCGGUAUGUUUUUCUUUAACUGUAAGAGCUAUCUGGAAAACGAACAAGCAGGCGCAAAGAGCAACACAUGAAGCGGUGAAACGUAAAACUGCCGUGGUGUUUUUAAAGAUCUUCAUCUUGAUGGGCUUUACUUGGAUAUUCGGAUUUUUACAGGUUCUGGUUUCUGAUUUUUUUGAAUACCCGUUUAUCAUAUUCGCCACUCUUCAAGGACUGUACGUAGCGCUGGCAUUUGUGUUUACAUCGAGAGUCAAACAAAUGUAUCACACUCUCUUGUGUAAUAUAAAGACUAAUUCAGCUAGGGAAAGCAGAGAUACGCGACUAUGA